AUGGAGCCAACCAUAGAGCAACCUCCUCCUCCGAAGAAUCAAGACGCUACCUCAAAUCGGUAUCCAAGCAUGUCGUAUAACGAGUACGAACAACAUCAUCAAAAUCAAAAACUACAUUACCCUUACCUCAUGCCGCAGCAGCAGCAACAACUUGGGGGCGUGGUGAGCUUUCCUUCACAACCGCUUUGCGACAAUCAAUCUUGGUCUCUAUAUGCUCCAGAAAUGGGUCAUGAAAUGCAUCCGAGUCGGGUUUAUGAUACUUAUUCAAUGUUACCUGUUAAUUCUUCAUCACAACCUUCCCAACUAAACCCAUAUCUCCAAACAAUUGGUCUCUCGCCACACUCUGCAACUCAGCAGAAUAUGCAGAACAUGGGCCAAGGGUAUUCGAAUUCGAGAGCCGAAAUACAUUCAAUUCCAAAUUACACAGGGUGGUUGUCAAGGAAGCGACAAAGGGUCAAUGAAUUGAAUGGAUUUAACGGACUUAAUACAAGACCUACAAUAGUGCAAGAAGCUCAUCAAGUUAAUCCCGACGCGACUAGCGAAUGCUGCAGCUCUUGUGCAAGUGGUUCGAUGUGUUCCGAAUCAGAUUGUACUCGAGAUUAUGUCGUUGCCACUGUUGCUUGCACCUCUCCGGAGUGCGAACAACCUGUCUGCACAUCCCCAAAGUGUGAUCCACCUAUUUAUACCGAACCUUGUAUAGGGGAUAGUUCUCUUGGUAGGCAAGCUUCGGUUGUCGAAGGAAGUCAUUUUUCCGAGAAAAUCUUUUCGUGUUGUGUUUCUCCAGUGUCUCGAGGAGCUGCUUCGCAAGCUUCCAUAUUACAACUCGAUGCACCUGGAUUUCCAACCUACCAAGCUCCACACCAGAUGUCGCAUGCCUCUGCACCAACAACACCAUCAGUGGCCAUGAACAUGGAAACGCCUCAUUUGGAUUCAACUGUCUUCCAAACUCCAGGACUUCAUAUGCAUCAACCAACAAACGAUACAGCUGAUUCCUCGCUUUCUGGUACUGGAAUGCGUUUCGGUGAUGGAUUGGAAAUGUUCAGUUGUAAUUGGCUGGACUGUGGACAGCCAAUGCAUGAUCAAAAUGAAUGGCAUAAACACUUUCAUCAAAAACAUAUCGACCCACAAUUCGUGUUCAAUUGUCCAAUACCUUCAGGAUCUUGUCAGAAUCCACUCGAUUCAAAUCCUUUGGAUCAUUUGCAGAUGAAUCAUGGCUUCAACCUCGAUGAAAAUAUCAAUGGGUUCUCAUGCCCUGCUCCUGAAUGUCUUCCUGGUGAGAUGUAUUGUGAUCCUUCAAUGUUUCAUAAUCAUUUGGAUCAAAUGCACGCUACACCACUUCAAGGGGAAUUACAGUGUCAAAUCGAUUCUUGUAACACUUUAUAUCAAGAUUCAAAUCAAUUCUUCAGUCAUUUAAACCAUCAUCAUAAUCUACCAAUUCCAAUGACCCCUAUUGAGGAGAUCAAUCUUUCAAAAAUACCAAUACAAGCAGAGGUAGAGGCAAAGGAAAGUGCAAAAGAAGAGUUCGCCCCGACAGCCAGAACCGAAGUACCAGAAGCAGAUAACCAUCUAUCUUGCAAGUGGUUGGUCAAGAACCAUAUUUGUGCUCGAGUCUUCACUUCAGAAGACGAUCUUCAGUCUCACGUCAAGGAUGCUCACUUGCCUGCUUUGAACAAAAUCUCUGGUUAUUUCUGUCAGUGGCAAGGUUGCUCUCGAAAACAGAAAAUGGGCUCUAGGGAUGGAUUUUCUCAGAGAGGAAAACUCGAAAGACAUAUGGCGAGUCAUACAGGGUUCAAAGAAUGUACAUGUGACUAUCCGGGAUGUGGAAAAACAUUCGCAGCAGCCCAAUCCUUAAAACAGCAUUAUCGUCUCCAUACUGGCGAAAAGCCAUGGAAAUGUAAAUAUUGUCCGAAAUCCUUCCCUCAACAAAGUGCAUGCACUGUUCACGAACGCAUCCACACGUUAGAAAAACCUCUCGUUUGCAGCAUUUGCGGAAAGACCUUUAGCGAAUCGUCGAAUUUAGCGAAACAUAGAAGGACACAUGGGGAGAGAGGUCAUUAUGAAUGUCCAGAGUGUCCAAGGACGUUUCAUAGGUUGGAUCAGUUAAAGAGACAUGGGGCGGUGCAUGAUAGGAGGAAUGAGAGAGCUGCUGGGGGAGUUGAAAGUGCAAGUGGUGGUGACGAUGGUGAUGAGGGGAAGAGUGAGGUUACAGAUAGUGUGGCGACGCGGAGUGUAUUUGAUGGGGUUAGUAUGCGGGGUGAUGAGGAUAAAUAA